CUCUCCCCGCCUGUCCAUCUCCUCUGUCCCCCCCUUUCCCCGGUUCCCGGGCCCAUCCCGGCGGUAGGGGGCGGGGCCAGGCCUGGUUACACUGUAUCCGCACGGUAGCAGCAUGGCGCCGGGGAGUAAGCGGAAGCUUGCUUCGCUGAGUGUCGAUGAGUUCCUCAGCUCUGCCUUCGAUUCGGCUGGAGAAAGCGACUCGGAUGCUGAGGACUUGGGAGCUGGGAAUGGGAAGCCGGGCAGCGGCCCGAAGGUGAAGGCUGGAAAGGGCAAGAAAACCCCACAACCGAAAGCAGAGGAAGGAGAAGAAAGCAGCAGAGGGAAGCCAAAGGGAGCAGCCCAGGAGCACAAGGAGCAACUCUCACGGCUCAAGGAGAGGGAUCCCGAAUUCUUCAAGUUCCUGGAGGAGAAUGACCAGAAGCUGUUGAACUUCGAUGAUAGCGACAGUUCGGAUGACGACGAGAGCCAGCUGCAUACUUUGCCGGAGGAGCUGGAGGAAGCAAGUGAUGAAGAGGAGGAGGAGGAAGAGAAAGAACCAGCCCCAAAGAGCAAUAAAACCAGAGACUUAAAACCAGUCACCAUCCGAAUGGUUGAAACCUGGAGAGAGGCAGCAGAGGACAAGUUAACGCUAAAGCUGUUCCAUGAAAUAGUGAUGGCAUUUAGAGCGGCAGUCUCAACAACCAAAGGGGAAAAUGACAGUGGCCAACAUGGGAAGUACAAAGUAGAAGACAGUUCUGUCUUUAACGCGCUCGUGUCGUUCUGUAUCCACGACCUUCUCUCUGCCAUACAGAAACUCCUUCAAUUAAAACCAGACGAUAAAAAGAAGUCACAGCUCCCUUCCAGCAGCUUCCAGUGGCCCAAGGUCCGCCAGGAUGUCAAUGUUUAUUUGGUCGGCGUUGUCCAACUGCUCUCAGGUUUGUCAGAAGUCUCAGUGGUCAGUGCUGUCCUCCGUCAUACACUUCACCUGGUUCCAUACUACCUCUGCUUUCCAAAGCACUCCCGUGUCCUUCUCAAGGAGGUGGUAAAGCUGUGGAGUACUGGCGAAGAGACAGUGCGAGUGUUGGCCUUUCUCAUCCUCAACAAAAUGUGCAGGCAAAAGCAGGACGUGUAUCUCAAUGUGGUGCUGAAGCAAAUGUAUGUGGCUUAUGUGAAGAACUGCAAGUUUACUUCACCAAAUGUGCUUCCCAUGAUCAACUUCAUGCAGCGCAGUUUGACAGAGAUGUAUGCGCUGGAUCACCACGCUACCUAUCAACACGCUUUCAUUUACAUCCGGCAGCUUGCUAUCCACCUCCGAAAUGCCAUGACAAUGAAGAAAAAGGAGACGUAUCAGUCUGUCUAUAACUGGCAGUUCAUUCAUUGCUUGUUCUUGUGGUGUCGGCUGCUGAGUACGGUUUACCCCAAUGAAGUUCUUCAGCCGCUCAUCUAUCCUCUGACGCAGGUUAUCAUCGGAUGCAUCAAGUUGCUACCCACUCCUCGGUACUAUCCCCUUCGAUUGCACUGUGUUCGUGCUCUGACGCUCCUCUCCGACUGCACCAAGACCUUCAUCCCCGUGACCCCCUUCCUGCUCGAGAUUUUCCAACAGGUGGAUUUUAACAAGAAACCUGGGCGGAUGAGUGUUCGGCCAAUCAACUUCGCUGUGGUUCUGAAGCUGUCCAAUGCAAACUUGCAGGAGAAAGCGUACAGAGAUGGUUUGAUCGAGCAGUUGUAUGACCUGACGUUGGAGUACUUGCAGACUCAGGCACACACUGUUGGCUUUCCAGAACUGGUGUUACCUGUUAUCAUUCAGCUGAAAACCUUUCUCAAGGAGUGCAAAGUGGCUAAUUACUGCAAGCAGAUCAGGCAGUUGCUGGAGAAGGUGCAGGAGAAUGCCGCCUUCCUGACCAAGAGGCGACAGAAGGUGACGUUCGGCGUGGCAGAUAAACAGGCUGUGACAUUAUGGGAGAAAGAGAUGAAGGAAGAGGGUACGCCUCUGCAGAAGUACUUCAGCAGCUGGAAGAAACUGAGACAGAAGGAGAUUGCACUGGAGAUUACGGGAAAAGAGCGGCUGGAAGACCUGAAUUUCCCAGAGAUCAAACGCAGGAGGCUGCAAGAGAGCAAAGAGAAAGACAAGAAAGAAUUCGGGGAUCUCUUUGAAUCUGACAGCAGCUCUGAUGAUGAAAGCUGUGGGUUUAAACCUAAAGGAACGUCGAAGAAGAGCGGUGAAGAUAUUGUAAAGGAUCUGUCAGACUUGAGUAGUGACGAUGCAGAGGAGGAUGAAGAUGGCACAUUGUCAUUUGAAGAUGAGUCUGACGAUGAUGAUGAGGUUCCUGUAAAACCUGCCCACGCUAUUGCGAAGAUGUCCCAUUCUGAGUUGGAAGACCUUGCGGAAGGAGAUGAGGACAUUGUUGAAGAUCUGGAUUUUUCUGAUGAAGAUUAAUGAAGUCAGUCAGUGAACUUUUUCCAUUGCUGUCCCAACGCCUUGAUGACCAUAGGAUUCCUUCAGAUUGUACAUCCUCAAAGGAGCAACCUGACCCAAGUAUUCCGUGCACAAGUAUCAACGUGGCUCUACGAAGUACAGACUUCUACAAAACCCAUUUUAAGGGGGAAACCCUGGAAAGACUUUUAACCAAAAAAAAAUGUUGGAACAUGUGUCAUCCCCCUCCCCAUUAUGACCGUCUACAGAACUAAAACACUGAAAACGGAGUGAUCUUUUCUAACAGUGGGAUCACUAGCAAACCAGUGUUAGGCUACCAGCCACCAAAGUAUCCUGCCCAUAGCAAUUCCAGUUCAUGUGUGAAGUAUUACACAAGGCUAAUCCGGCAUCGGGGAAUAUUGAUCGUAAGGAGUGAUGGAUCGGUGUAUGUCAGUCCAUCACUGGCUGAAGUCCAGCCAGUUAGUCCUCAUCCCUAUUCCAGAACCUUUGUCCGCGAAGUCAUUUCAACAUCGUGCUGACAUUUCUGUACGUUAUAAUCUGCCAAAAGUGUUAUUUUAUGUAGAAAAAAUAAAAUCUUUCACUUUCUUUUC